AUGAGUUAUGAAGGAUUCAAGUUAGUUUAAAGGUAAAAUUAUAAAUUCAAAUUUAAUAGAUUAAACAUUUCAAUUGUCACAGAGAAUGAAUUCAUUAAUAUCUUGAAUUUAAUCUAAAAAUCUCUAAUUUAUCUUCUUCCUAUCCAGAAUCGAAAUACAUUAUAUAUAUUGAAAUUCAGAAACGUUUUUUCACUCUAAUAUGAUGAAAUGUAAAAAGGAUCAUAUUUAUUUAAUUGUAUCAUACAUCCAAAUUUGAUUAUUUUUAAGUCUUUGGAAGAUGUAAUCAGAAGAAAAUAGUUGGAUAUUAAUUAAGAGAAUGUUUUUUGUUUCUAAAUUGUAAUAAAACUUUAGGGAACUUUUAUUUUGUAUUGA